AUGAUUGCCAACAACGCCAACCAGUUUGUUCUCUACACUCAGUUUGCUGCCGAUCCAACGUCUUCGAUUUUUUCACGUGGAGCUGAAUCGUCUCAUUUCACCAACGUAGCAGUUACCAACACCAUUGCUACUUCUAGCAAGCAGGACAGGUCUUCAAACUCUGCUAAAAUUAUGUCCCAGUUACAGACUAGCUCCAAUUUUGCACCCAACGUGAUCAGCACCAAUCGCUUUCUCUGA